UAUCCCAACAUACUGGCACGCAAUAUUUAUAACAACAUAGACAUUUAUCACUUAUGACAUAGUCAGUCAGUGUAACAUUAUUUUGUAGUUUUUUUUAUAGUGGAUCUACAAAAUUAACAGUAAAUUAGGAAGUGAUAUAUAGUGCAGUGUUUCCAAUGUCAUCUACACUUAUUUUUGUCGGGUUGCCGGAGGACUCCAAAAGCUCCAUAUCAAAGCUCCCGUCGACCACCACUAGCAGCGACCUGCAAACUGUGGAGCUGGAGGAGCUCAGGGUUCCCAGCAGCUCUGCAGCUAUACGGGUCCCAAAUGCGCCCAAGAGCUGCAUCGCGGAGAUCUUCAGUACGGACAGCGCGGACGGCAGCCCUGUGAAGAAUGGCAACCUGCGCCCGCGCGUCGUCCGCGACACCCCCACCCGUCCCAGGGACACCCACUCCAGGCUCUUCGGACAGGCUGUACAUACCACUGUAGCACCGCUGGUCACGGACACCAUUCGCAGUAACAUCCAGUUCGGCGGUUCGCAGAUAAAUGGCGCCAGUCCAGCUCAUUCGCCGUCGAAGAUGACCAAUGGAAGCCAAGCUUCGUCGACGCCCAGUCGAGGUGAGGCGACCGACGGGGAGAACUCAUCGUACUCCCCGCCGAAGAGGAAUCCGGUGACUGGCGACGGGAUACACCUGCCGCCGCCGCGCCGUCGCCACCCCGCGGCCAGCCUCCGAGAAGGAAAUCCUAUAACCGGUGAUGGAUACAAAUCAUUGAAUGGCCAGAUCAACACAGUGACAUCAGUGAACGGGAGCAGCGGCAGCUUCCACCGCGUGCCGCCAGGGGGCUUCUCCUCCGGACUCUGGUAGACCAUCACCUGGCCCCCACCACACCCCCCCUCGGCGAAAUACCAGCCCAACCGCCGUCUACUAUCCGAAAAACACCCGUACAAUACUCAUAAAUGUACAGCAGAGUAUUGCCGGCAAAAAUGUAUCGAUAAAAACGAGAUUCUAAACUGUAUGUUUCUCAAUACAUUUGCAUCUCACUUACACAGUAUCUGUGUAAGUGAGACAACAAUAAAACUCAGUGGCGACAUCUUAGAAUCUCAUUUCUUUUGAUAAGCAAACAAAUAUGUGCAUUUAUUUCUACCAUUUUCUUUUAUCGACUAAAUUCAAGUAUCGUAGUAACGCACUAUUCGACAAUUUCCAUGAAAAAUUGAAGGGUAUAUGUUGUUAAUAAAUCCUUAGCCUAUCCCACUUAACAGUUUCGAAUAAUUUAGAAUAGAUUAUAGAUAUUUUUGUAAUAGUAAUAUUUCUAUAGCGUAAGAUUCGGUGGUUCUUUGAUAUGCAAGGUUUCAGAGACCUAUCUAUAAGAUCUUGAAAUUGUACUCUUUCACACUUAACGAAUAUAUUAACGCAUUGAUUUUGAGAAUUAGGAGUGAGGAACGUAUCAGCAAUAUACCAAAAUGAUAGUGCCUUGAUCAGAGUGACGUAGGAUCCAUGUUUGGCGUAGGCAAUCGUAUCGUAAGAGAGUGAUUAUAUUGUCUAUAUAUCUCACAGUAUAGAAAUAGUAAUCAUGCGGCACUUGGGCUAAUUGAUACAAUUAAAUUAACAAUUAAUAAUAAUAAUCUAAUAAUAUUUAAGUCCUUUAAUCUCGUUUGUUGAAUUUCAUUAUCGUAUUUUAAAUAGAUGGUUUAUAGAAAUGCAUUUAUUUUGUCUUUUUAUACAUGUUUAUUUUAUUUUUGUUUAUUUUCUACUCGGUUUAGAAAUUAAUGUAAAAAUGAGGAUUUGAAAUUUGGUAGAUUAUCUGUUAACAUAGGUGAAUGAACCAUUAAUUUAGGAUAUGCGUAAAUGGUGAUGCAUCUGUGUUGAUUGAUUGAUUGAUUGAUUGAUUUAACUUUCGUAUAUGAUAGGCAUAUCAUCUUUGUAAAAACGUUUUAAUAUUCUAACAGGAAUCGCAUAAUCUGGCCUAAAUGUAACUAAGUUGUUAAUAGAUAAUAAUCCAUUAUUUCAAAAUAAAGGUUUUUUUAUUA